AUGGACGAGCAGAACCAAGACACUAUCAGCCGCAGGAACCUCCGACGAUCAGCGCUGGGCAAGGAGUGCAUCUUUUCGGUGGCGAGACCGCGGCCUCAAGAUCAGGAUCUCCGGUUCGGCAGCAGGCCCGGACCCAAGGCCCAUGACCGGUUCAUCCACGUGGACCCGGCCAUGUAUCGCACCGGCAGCAACAGCACCGGCGGCAACGUGGACAACAUCAGCAACAACAACAACAACGGCCAACAAGCGUCCAAAGAGCGGUCUGCCGGCCCGUCGUGGCGCCAAAACCACCCCGAUGCCUACGGAGAGGACGCGCGUAACGGCGGUUUCCACGGUUGCUGGCCCGACACGCUCCCGCCUCUGCACCACCAUCAUCUCCCGGCGGCCUCCAUCCCCUCAGCAACAGCGGCGCCCAUCACGAGGCCGCCGAGCCAGGCCGCCUCCCUGACGCUGGACCGUGACGUCGACAUGGCCUUCCAGCACGCCGAGCGGGCCAGCUCGUCCGGCCAGAGCGAAGCCCACCUCUCCUCCGUGUCGGACGAGGGCUGGUACUGGAACAACGUCCCGGACUUCAGCGACAAUGCGUACAGCGGCAGCAGCGCCGACAUCUACCGCGCCGUGUCGGACGACUUUGCUCUCCUGGUCUCACGGGGCGGCAUCCCCCCACCACAUGAAGAGGGCCACGGCGGCCGAGACAAGAGCAGGCAGCAGCAGCAGCAGCAGCACGCCCCGGCACCCGGCAGGCUCCGGGGCCAUGACGUUGUCGUUGGCGGCGGGGUCUCGUUCCUCUUCCGCCUCCUCCUCCACCGAGUGCUCCUGCGUGCAGCAGCUCACGCUGAGCCUGUUCGACCUCAGCACGUGGAAGGCGGACCAGCGGCCGGGCGCCCCGGCCGACGCCGACUCCCCGACCCUGUCCGAGUACUGCAUGAUCUACCACAACUCCAUGGGCCUGUGGGAGCGGCUCACCAUGGGCUGCGUGCGCUGCCUGUCGCGGCCGCAGUUCGCGCAGCUGCUGAUCCUCAACAUCGAGCAGCUCGUCCACCUGCAGCGGAACCAGCAGGCCCUGCAGCAGCGGCCGCGCCCCGCCUCGUCGUCGUCGACGCCUCCGUCGCCAUCGACAUCGCCCGCCCUCUCCGACGUCAUCAGGAUCGGGGACUACGUGGUCGAGAGCGAGGCCGAGAGGGCGGCCAUCGUCGGGCCCCUGCUGAAGGGCCGGGCGGCCGGUCUGAUGGACUUCAUCGACGGCCUCCGCGAGCUGCUUCUGCCCACGGGCAUGCCGGAUCUGGGGGCAAGGCUGGACUCGAUGACGGAGAAGCUGAAGCAGCGAGGCCUGGAGUGUGGUUGACCGGCAACAUGUCGACUGGUUGGGGUUCGGUGACCGGUGCCGAUCCCGAUAUGAGAACAACAGCACGACAGCUCUGCUUCCGGUCGUGCAUUGCUCAUAAUGCCGCACCUGUUGCCUCCCACACAUGGGCUCCAAUCUGUCAGAAGGGCACGUUGGGGUGGAAACCUUGCCGCAUGUCAGGUGGAUACGACCGACGUGACCUCCGUUGA